AAUUUCGUUUCGGUCCUGAACCAUAUAGACUAUUCCAAAACGAAUUCUGUAUGACCAUACAUGUUGUUAAUGGAAAAAUUCAACUAGUUAUGGUUUAAUCGAUAUCAUUCUAUAUAUCUUGAAAACACAAAUACAGAAAUUCUGUUUAAAAUAGAUAUAUUAUUGUAAUUUUUGUUCAUGCCUAUUACCAAAUUUUGAAACACAGUAUACACUGUAAUGGAGAAAAUGGCGUCAACAUUUGACAACGUGCAAGUCGCCGUUCUCACAGAGAAGUACAAUUUCAAGUUUCUAACAGAUGAUCCGCUCAUUCUUGAUAUAUCACACCAAGGAGACUGUGUUAUGCUUCAGUUUCACAAAGAUAAAGUUCCUGUGCACACAUUGUCAGUAAACAACGACACAGAACAUGCCAGACUGGGAUCACAGAGUAUCAUCUUUACACGAGACAAAGACACAACACUCGUUCAUUUUCCUAGUGUUCACAAUAUGAAACAGUUUCAGUUUCGAUUGAAUGAACUGAAAGACGGAUUGAAAUCUGUCUUUAGUGACAGAACAGAUGCAGCUUCAGCAGUUCAGUAUUUCCAAUUUUAUGGAUACCUCUCACAACAACAGAAUAUGAUGCAAGACUAUAUCAGAACAUCCACAUACCAGAGGGCAAUGCUGGCAAACUUAAUAGAUUUCCAUGACAAGGUUGUGUUAGAUGUUGGUGCUGGAUCAGGAAUUCUGUCAUUUUUUGCCGUCCAGGCUGGAGCAAGAAAAGUAUAUGCCAUAGAGGCCAGCAGUAUGGCUACACACUGUCAGACACUGGUUCAACAGAAUAAAUUGUCGGACAAAAUUGUUGUGAUUCCUGGUAAGGUGGAGGAUGUGGAGAUCCCAGAGCCUGUGGACACCAUUAUAUCAGAACCCAUGGGAUACAUGCUGUUUAACGAGAGAAUGCUGGAAAGCUACCUUCAUGCUAAGAAAUGGCUGAAGCCCAGAGGAAAGAUGUUUCCUUCUCAGGGAGACCUACAUAUAGCCCCGUUCACAGAUGAAGCCCUUUAUCUGGAGCAGUUCUCUAAGGCUAAUUUCUGGUAUCAGCAAUCAUUCCAUGGAAUUGAUUUGUCAAGCUUACGCAGUGCAGCUGUCAAAGAAUACUUCACACAGCCCAUAGUGGAUACUUUCGAUGUGAGGAUAUGUCUGGCAAAAUCUGUCAAGCACACAGUAGACUUCCAGACAGCAGAGGAGACUGACCUACACAACAUUGAGAUCCCCCUCACCUUCAGCAUGCAUGAGUCGGGUCUUGUUCAUGGUCUUGCCUUCUGGUUUGAUGUGGCCUUUUUGGGAUCAGUAGAGCCUGUUUGGUUAUCAACAGCCCCGACAGAGACUCUCACACACUGGUAUCAGGUUAGGUGUCUAGUGGAAACACCUGUACUGGUCAAGCAGGGACAGACUCUCAAUGGAAAAUGUGUGCUGAGGUGCAACAAAAGACAGAGUUAUGAUGUUGAUAUUGAACUGAACAUCCCAGGAACAACCUCGAAGUCCACAAACACACUGGAUCUUAAAAAUCCAUUUUUUCGUUACACGGGUCAGGCACCAGCUGCUCCUCCUGGGGUCAACAACACCUCCCCCACGGAAACCUACUGGAAUAAUUUGGCUACGGGUCAGACUGUGUACAUGAAUGGACUGGUUAACGGGGAUAACAAUACUGCACAGCUUCUAACUCACCAGGGAGUUAUUCAACAAAAUCUCAUCCCAGUCUCUGCUCCCAUCAACCCAGGGGGUAUACCAAGUGUUUUAAAUUUGACAUCAAAUGCCCAUAGGACAUCAGUCGGGGCUGGAAUAAGUCCAGUCAACUUCACACAAUCACAGAGUUCCAUGCCAGCAAAUUUUCCAGUCAGUAAUCAGUUUAUGAUUGGGGAUUAUGUGAUGCCAGGAAAUGUCCUCUAUCCGUCACAGUCACGGAAAUCAGAAGCAGUGUGAAGGAGACAAUGGUCACAGGACCAUACAAACAGUUGCACAGUAUCUGUGUGUUUUACUGUAUAACGUCAUUAUCAUUGGAUCUCUUCCUCUGUGCUCAAGGAUGUCUGUAUGAUGUGUUGUGUCCAGGUUCUGAUGGAAAUUGUACCAAAGCCUUACAGAAUGUAGUUCUGUAUUGUUUAUGGAAUUAGAAUAGUCGAUACUAAAAACUGCAUUUACUUUUCUGUUGAGUGUUCAAACUAUGUUGGAAAUUUUUACCUUUCUGCUGAGGUAACAGAGAUGAUGAUGUGAGAGACACAACAUAUACAAUACACAAUGUGUAGCCAAGUAUAGAACAUUGUGAUAUGCAUGAUCAAAUGGAAACAAUAUACUGGAUAUUAAAAUGAAUAAAUCCGAUUGGCAUUUAUUUAUCUUGUGAAAAGAAAAUUUCACUUGUACAGAGUUCCUGGCCUUUUCAAGAGCACAUUACGCCAUGAUUUUACAUGAUUUAAAUAUCGUAUAUACGUGUACAUACACCGUGUUUUAAAGUUUUAGGCUGCUAUUGCCUCUGUUUAGUUGAUCUGGUCUGUGCUCUAGAGUUACUGCAAAUGUUCACUGAUGCAGUUCAUAUAAUCUCUUAUAUUGCACUACCAGUAUUUGUAUCUUCUUUAGAUAUUAAAAUUGUUAAAUCCAA